CAGCGUCAUCGCCACUCCCCCCCAAUAGGAAGGGCGCAUCACGGAUAGCUAGCUGGCUAGCUGUACCCCGCACUACGAUGGCAGUUAACCUCAGCAAGAAUGGCCCGGCAUUAACAGCUGCAUUUAAAGAGGUGGUAGAUGAAAAAUCCAAUACCAACUGGGCCCUGUUCACCUACGAGGGAAACAGUAAUGAUAUCCGUCUGGCGGAGAAGGGAGAUGGAGGACUGGAGGAGUUGGUUGAAGAGUUGAACAGUGGAAAAGUGAUGUAUGCUUUCUGCCGGGUCCUGGAUCCAAAUUCUGGCCUGCCUAAAUAUGUCCUCAUCAACUGGACUGGAGAAGGAGUAAAGGACGCAAGGAAAGGAUUAUGUGCAAAUCACGUCAGUUCCAUGGCCAAUUUUCUGAGGGGGGCCCAUGUCACAAUAAACGCCAGAGCAGAAGAGGAUGUGGAGCCCGAGGUGAUCAUGCAAAAGGUGGCCAAAGCCUCUGGAGCCAACUACAACUUCCACAAAGAAGCUUCCAACCGCUUCCAGGACAGCGGCCCUCAGGGGCCCGUGGGCUCAGUGUACCAGAAGACCAAUGCCAUAUCCGAAAUCAAAAAGACCAAUAAAGACAACUUCUGGGCUCAAACCGAGAAAGAAGAGGAAAAACGUCGCGUGACUGAGCGACUUAAGGCAGACGAAGAGCGGCAGCACCUGGAAAAGGAGAGAAAAGACCGAGAGGCCAAGGAGACGGUGCAGAGGGACAAAAGAGACAAGGACAGGGCCACCCAAAUAGACCAACAAAAGAAGUACGAGCAGCAGCAGGGUGCUGUGACCAAAGACCAGGAGAAACGCGCGGAGGAGGAGACCCAGGUGGCCCAGAAGAAAGCAGUCCAGAGAGGUGAAUCUGUGGAAAAGGCCAAUGAGGCGGCUUCUCUCAUCUCUCAGCGUGCUAUGAACCCCAGAGAGAUGUUCAAGCAGAGAGAGCGGGGAAUAACUCCCAGCGACUCAGACGUUCCCUCUGCCGCCCCUGCUGCCCCUGCAGCGCCUGCCAGCCCCCAGCCAGGCCGUCUGCAAAGCCCUUUUCUGUCUAAGCCAGUGUAUGAAAGUGAGCGAGCCAGUUCGCCUCAGCGCCAAUCUUCUCCUGUGCCAGCAGCCGCUGCCUCUCCUGUCCGCGCCACAGAGCCUGAUGUGGAUGAUGGACAGUCUUGGUGUGAGUAUGAUGAGCAGGAGGAGACCCCCCAGGAGCCGUUUGAAGAGAAGACCUCGGUUGUCACCUCCUACAUCAAAGAGACUGCUUGUGAAGAACCAGCUGAGGUGGAGGAGACUAACUCUCAUGAGGUGACUCCUGAGGAGAUACCGGACAAAGGCACCUGUGCGAGAGCCUUGUACGACUACCAGGCUGCUGAUGACACAGAGAUCUCAUUCGAUCCUGACGAUACCAUCACCGGGAUUGAGAUGAUAGACGAAGGCUGGUGGCGGGGCUACAGCCCGGACGGCCAUUUUGGAAUGUUCCCAGCCAAUUACGUGGAGCUAAUCUAGCGCAGCCCCCUCCUCCCUACCCCCCGCUUGCAGCUUAUCACACUGGCAGUCCCAGAGGACAUCUGCAGUAAAACAACACAGUCGGUCUUUGCACACAAUUGAGCUGAUCAGGCUGAAACUGAGUGAAUGAUCCCCCACAUCAUGGACCAAUGAACGCAGGGCAAUUAAAAAGUCCUUUUCAAGAAAGCAAUUGCAUUACAUUUUUGAUGUUGUGAGCAACUGGUGGCAUAGUUUAGGGAAUUGAGAAGAAGCAUAGUCUGAUCAAGGCUCCCACUUCUCCACCCAAAAUACAUCUAUUUUCCUUUAAAUGUGAUGCAGUACAAAAUCAGCCUUUAAAUACCUAGUAACGUCUAGUUCACAUUCCUUACAAAGUGGCUUCAGUUCUAUUUCAGGUAUAAUUUUGUUGUUACUUGUAGCAAAUUUUCCUGUUUGAUUGAGAGAGAAAAAAUUAGAUAUCUAUCAAAGAUGAUGGUACAAGAUACAGUGUAAUCCUUUGCCUUUCUCCACCAGCAGACUGAACUUUCCUUUUUCAUGUGAUUAGUGCUGUGUGAAUUCCAAUCCAUGUUUUAGUACUGCUCUCUCACUGUGGUUGAAGUGAAUAUUUAAGACAAAGCAGCUUGCUGUGCUCUGGGUGGAUCUGCCAGGAAAUGCAAACAUCGGUUCAGUUCCUUUUAACUGUGACUCUAUCGUUUUCAUUCAUUCGUCAUUUGAACCAGAUUGUCAACAUAUUUCACAUUUUGGGGGACACGCUUAAGAGGAGAAAACGGUUAUUUUGCUUUGUGCGAAUCUCGCUGGUCUGAGGUUGAAUUUGAGUGGAUUACAGAUCCCUAAUAAGUAGUUGUUGCGGUGCCAUAAUGAUGUAACGUGAAUGCGGUGACAUUUUAAUUGGAAAUUGCUAUGUUCACUGUUUUUAUAAUGGAACAAAAUUCUUCCUCUUUUGUGCUUUUGAGGUCAGUCUAUAAAAUAAAUCUAAGGGCAUCAUGUAUCCAUUGCAUUAUUGUUUUUCCAGAGUCUAUUGUAAUGCACAGAUGUUCUUCAAAAUAAAAUAAAUAACCAAAGUGG